UCGACUUUCUAAAUAAGUUUUAGUAGGAAUUGUUUUUACAUUAGUCAAAAAAACCGUGAAAGCACAAAAAUAAAACUAACACAAUUGUUGUGUGUGAAACCGGCUGUUGUCUGACCAAACAGGACUCUACAGAAUUGCCAACUAAAAUUCAUUUCUUCUAGUUUAAAACAGAGUGCAACCAUUUUGUAUCGAUAUUAAUUUUUAGGACAUAGAUUAGAAAUAAUUAGAUGCGAAUGAACAAUCAAGUUGAAAACAAUUUUUUAAAAUGAAAUUAGAAAACGAAUGGGAUAAACUUAUAGAGCUGCAAUUUAAAUAUAAAGAAAAUGAUGAUCUAACUAUAAGUAAGAAACAUAACCUAGGAAAUUUUUUAUCAGAUAAGGCAAUGGUUGUAGUAAGCAGUAACUGGGUGAAAAAUGUUGCUACAUACCCGCCUUCAGAUGUUAUUGACGAUGUGGUGAUCAACGAAAAUAUGGCAGCCAAAGCGAUCUUGACCUGUCGUCCUAACUCCCAUCAUUUUCAAGAACGUACCUUGAUACUAGAUCAGCCCGUUAAAGUGGGUAGAUCUAUCGCAAGGGCCAAACCCACCGGUACAAACGCCAUUUUCGAUUGUAAGGUAUUAUCUAGACACCAUGCGCUGCUUUGGUAUGAAAAUGGCAAAUUUUUUCUACAGGAUACAAAAAGCAGUAAUGGAACUUUUGUAAAUAAUAGUCGAUUGACUCAAGAUAACGGCCAUCAUGAGCUCAGUUCAGGUGAUAUAGUGCAAUUCGGAGUUGACGUUAUAGAAAAUAAUAGAAAAGUCACUCACGGUUGUAUUAUUGCUACCAUAAAAUUAUAUUUGCCUGACGGGAAAGAAGCAAAAGCCAGUCCUAUAGCUGAUGGAAAUACCCACGGUAUGGUUCCUCUAGAUGAUCUUUACCGUUUAAAUCAAAUAAUACAAGAGGCGAAUCAACGAGAACAAUGUCUAGAGACUAAAUUAACCGAAUUACAACAUGUGGUGGACGAAACGAGAAAAUCGGCCGAAGAAAGUUGGCAGGCCUACGUCGGUGAAGAACGUCUUCUAUCAAGAGUGUCUGCACUAGAAACGCAAUUACAAAGGGCUAGUAAAAAUUGGAGCGAAGAAAGAUUUAGAGAGGAAUUAACAAGGUUGCAGGAAGACAACGAAGCUUAUCAAAUAUCCGCUAAAGCUGCUCUGGAAAAACUCCACGCCGAUAGGUUACAAGCACUAGCUUUAGCAGUGGAACAAGAAAGGGCUCGAAUAUCCUCUGAACAGGAAGCUCUAAUAGCAAAGGAACAAUUUGCUCAAGCUCAAGUCGAAUUAGAGGAAAUAGCGAGGCAAUUAGGGGAACAACAAUUAGAAGCGAACGAACAACGUACCAAAUUGGAACAGUGCAUACAAGAUCUAGAAACGAAAUUAGAAACCGAAUCGGCCAAACUAUUAGAAUUACAAUUGAAAUUUCAGGAAAAAAAUGCCUUAACUUUGUCUGAUAUACAAAAUCUGGGAUCUAUAGUAUCGGAAACUCAAUCGCAUAUUAUUUAUAACGACGAUAUGAAAUGCAAAGAAGAUAUGCUUAGUGAAAAUGAAGACAGCGAAUCUCUUACAAACCAAUCGAACGGCUUAAGUAGUCACAUAAAUCUAACGGUAGGACCUGUAGAAGAAAAGUAUGAAUCCGAAAAAGUCGAAUCGGAACCAAAUGCAGAUGAGAAAAACUCGAAUGAUUUAAGAAAUGAACAACACGAAGAAGUUAAACGGGUUACGUUUAACAUACCGAAUGAAUCGGCAUCUGACCAGGACAAAACGGACCCUUCAGAUGAAUCUGAAGAAUCGACCGAAAGGGCGGACACAGUCGAUUCGAAAACGCUCAAAUAUCAAUUCCACGCCGCGCAAAACGAACUGAAACGAAAAAUCGAAACGUUGGAAUCGAUAGGAAACACGUACAGGAACAAAAUAGUCGAAUUAGAUAAAGCCCUAAACGAAGAGAAAAUCAUAUCGAAAGAUAGGACAGAAGAAAACGAAGUAUUAAAACAAGAAGUCGUACUACUCAGACAGAAAUGGAAAGAAUGUUCCAACGAAAAUCAACAAUACAGGGAUAAAAUAUCCGCCCUCAAUUCGGAAUUAGAAACCGCUUUAGAAAAAUUAAAACAAGCCGCGGAAACGAAAGAGAAAAUCGAAAACGUACCGGCCGAACCGAACAUAUUAAAACCGUUCGUAUCAUUGGAGCAACUGGCUCAAAUAGAAGAAGAACUUGUGUUGCUGAAAGAACGUUACGCUCAAGUUAGCGAAGAUAAGAUGGCGUUGCGACACGAUUUGGCAACGCUGAAGACUCAAUACGACGCUAUCUGCAACCGUUUCUAUAACAAAUUUUUCUGGUACGUCGCCCCGCUAGUCGCCAUGGUGUUUUACCUUCUAAUCAGCGCCAUGAUAUCUUGAUUCGCGGCGAUAAUUUUGUUAUUCUUUUAUUUUUUCAUCGAGUUUCUUUUAAAAAUUAUUAAUGAGACGUAAUGAAGCGUCGAACGGCGAAAGUGGGAGAACGUGUACUAAGGAAACUUCAAAUUAGACUUUCGCGUUAUUUUAAUCGUUAGAUUUUGAUACAACUCGAUUUGGAAUCGAUUUUUCAUACUUAUCGGUUGAUGAUAGGGUUUUGUACCAAAAAGUGACUUGGUGGUUUGAUUCGUUGUACCAUUGGAAUUGAUUGGUGUUGUUGGUAGAUCAAAUUAACCUACAAAAUUUCGUUUAAACCGAUGAAAUACCGGAAUUAGACCGUUAGUAUCCUUUUAAUCAUCAAAAAUUGAGUAAAAAUCCUGGUUUGGUUCAAAAUUUUUUAGCUGGUGAUAUUUCGAUUUUACUGGUAGAUUUCGACGUGCCUGUUUCGAUUUUCAUUUAAUAAUGUUUUUUGGGUCGAAUUAAAGUUUUGGUCUCAUUUGUACCGAUUUUUUUCUAUUUUCUCCUUUAAAUUAAGUCAAAAAUUAAUGUUUUCCAUUAUUAUCCACUGGAGACUUGUCUUUCCAUGUUUGUGAUCUGAAACUUUAAUCAAAAGUUUCCUCUUAUUGACAACAGUAGAAUUUUAUGACGUCCUUGUUACGAUUCCAGAAUUAUUCUUUUUCUUUUACUCGUCCAGGUGUUCGAAUUAGUGAUUUUGCUCUUCUUGUACCGAUUUCUUCUUCUGUCUUCGGUUCUUCCUCCAUAAUUAUCAACUUAAACUCCUUUUCCAUUACAAAUUACCGUCACUCAAACAAGUUACCGCUAUAAAUGAAGAGUUUUCUCCAUUUAUUCCACUUAAACUCCUUUUCCAUUAAAAAUUACUGUCAAUAAAACACUUUUUUGCUUAAAAUGAAGAGUUUUCUCCAUAAUUAUCCGCAAAAACUCCUUUUCCAUUAAAAAUUAUCGUCACUUAAACAAUUUAGGGCUGUAAAUAAAAAGUUUUCUCGAUUAUUAUCCUCUUAAACUCCUUUUCCAUUAAAAAUUACUGCCAAUAAAACACUUUUUGACUUAAAAUAAAGAGUUUUCUCCAUAAUUAUCCAUUAAAAACUUUCCUAGUAUUGAUUAUUGUCCAUAACUGUAAUAAAAUUAAUUUUACGAAUUUUGUGGUGAAAUAAUAGUGAAAAGUUAUCCUAAACUUUCUAUUCUAACAUUUGGGGAGCUUCCUGUUAAGUACAACACUCUGUAGAAUUCACUUUAUAACGUUAAUAUGUAAAAACCGAGGUAAAGUAUUGAUUUCAACGAUUCUUCCGUUUUUUGUUUUGUCAUUUGUCAUUGUGAAUCACUUCAAUGUGUUACUCUCGACUUUUAUUUACUAUAUUUUCUCAUAUUUACAAGUUAAGUACUGUUUCCAAAGUUUCUAUUAUCAUUUGUGAUUGUGAAUCGAAUUAAUACGCAUUAGAUCAAUCGAACCGAUUUUAAUAUCGAUUUCGUUCACUUUAGUGUAUUACUCUUGACUUUUAUUUACUCUAUUUUCUUAUAUAUCAAAAGAGAGAUUCACGAACAUGCGUACAAGAUUAGAUUAACAAUCGAUUUUUUUUUCGAUGACACGUUCCCCUACUUACUGCCAAAAAGAAUCGAUGUUGAUGACACUAAUACCUAAAUAAAUGUGUUCAACUAGUGAAAAAUUUAAAUAACUCAAUAUCGAUAUAAAUCGAUUAUUUCGAUGCUAUCCGAUAUCACGGUGAUCGUUAAAUAUUUAUUCAUAUCUCAUUGUAUUGACGACGUCAAAGUAUCGAUUGCAAUUUUUCGAUUUCGUCGAUAAGCGAAUGAAAAUCUCUUGUGGUGCAAUCGCGAAAUAUAAAAAUAUUUUUUCGACAUUUUUCUACGUGUUGAAAAUGUUGAAGUGGCUUAAGAUUGCAGUGAUGCGACUGAUAAUUUGUUUCGAUGAUAUUACAAUUUGGGAUAUUUUGUUUUUGUUCUUUGAAAUCCGUUUAAAAAAAUAUGUAGAACUGUUUAUUAAUUGGAAAUCGAAAAGAAGAAAAUGGCGUGUUUUAGUCAUUUAUAAUUCGAUAAAAAAAAUGGUCUACUAAUUGAUAUGUUUUCUUCUUUUUUAAAUCAAUAAUGAAAAUGGUCUACUAAUGGUAUCGUCGUCUUCUUUUUUUAAUCUUCGCUUAACAUACAGAAGUUUUUUUGAUUUUUUCAUUUUAUAUCAUAUGUGAUGUAAAUAAUAUGGUUAUUAAGUCAAGUGACGUUGUCUUCUUGUUUUUAAUCUUCUGUCGGUUUUUUAAGAGGUUCUUCGUUUAUGGACUGAGGUGACCUUUUCUUCUUUUUUUAAUCUUCAUAUUGACAAACAGGGAAGUUUCAGCUCGAUAUAAUGGCGAUUUUUUUUUUCAUUUUCUACUUAAUGUAGUGAAAAGUUUGUUUAUGAAGUCAGUCGACGUCGUCUUCUUUUUUUUUAAUUUUUUUAGUUUUAUAAAAGAUUCUUUGUUUAUGAACUGAGGUGACGUUUUCUUCUUUUUUUAUUGUUCGUUGCGACAUACGGGACGUUGUUUGUUUUAUGUUCAGUUCAACUCGCGAGAUUUUGGUACAUUUGAACUACUAUAACAAUAGACAAUAUUCCUAAAACGUUUUAGUUCGAUAAAAUGACGAUUUUUUUGUCAUUUUCUACCUAAUUUGGUGAAAAGUUUGUUUAUGAAGUCAGUCGACGUCGUCUUCUUCUUUUUUUAAUUUCCUGUUGGUUAUAUACAAGGUUAUUUGUUUAUAAAGUAAGGCGACGCCAUCUUAUUUUUUCAUCUUCUGUUUAUAAGAUCAAGUGACGUCGUCUUCUUAUUUUUUAAUUUUCUUAUUGGUAUAUGAGACAUUCUUCGUUUUAUAUUAAUUUUAAUUCGCGAGGUUCUAGUACAUUUGAACUACUGUAAGAAAGCGCAAUAUUUUUAAAAGUUUUUAUUCCAUAAAAUGAUGAAUUUGGUCAUUUUACCACCAUAAAGGUUAUAUGAAUUCCUGUUUCUUAAACUCCAGUUUGUUUUAUCAAUUUAGAUGAACUCUUCUUCUUUUUUAAUCUUCUCUUUGUUAUAUAGAACGUCCUUCGUUUGUCUUAAAUUUAGUUUAAUUCGUCAGGUUUUGAUACAUUUGAACUACUAUAACAGUGAGUGCUAUUCUUAAAAAUUGUGCCUGUUUUAUUUCAAGAAAAUUCAGUCAUUUUCCACUAAAUUUGGUGAAAAUAUUUUGUUAAUCAAAUCAGAUGACGUCGUUUUCUUCUUUUUUUCUUCAAUCUUUCAUUGUCUGUUUGAAAUUUUUUUUCACGUUCAAAAUGGCCAUUUUGGUACAUUUGAACUACUUUACUAUUCAACAGUUAUUGAGGAAUAAUUUAAAAACGAAUGAACUAAUUGAAGAACAAAUUCACUAUUUCUUUAUUCUUCUAAACAAAAUUUACAUUUCGAUUGCCAUAUUAAUAUUAAAGCGGCUGUAGAUUUAGUAUACGAAAAUCCAUACACUAGAGCUUCUAUUGGAUAUAUAUCACAUAUAUUUACGGUUAACUGGUGUACGAAUAAAAAAAAUCAAUAAUUUAUUUUUUUUACUCAAAAUUAUGUGCCAUAAUAUAAUUUGUGUUAGUUCAUGUAUAAAUCGAAAGGAUUUUAAUAUUGGAUACAAAACGGUUGCCAAUUGGACCAUUUUAUCAUCGAAUCUAUUCAAAAACGUUUUUUCGAUCUUAUUUUUUUCGAAAUUUUCAAAAAAUAUAUCAGAAAUAUAAUUAAUUGUAUCUAAUUCAGUUACAAUGGGUAAUAUAUCAUUUGAUUACUAUUUUUCACCUCUAUAAGAAAUUAAUUUUGUUCAAAAAUCUUUUACCUGCCCUUCUGUAUGGAUUUUUAUAAAAAAAUAACUAGAACUAACCAAAAUUGUUGAUGUAUCAGAUUGUUUAAAUCUUCAGUUGGUUUAGUAAUUAAUAAUAUUUGUUAUGUUGUAUUUUACGUUAAAGUGUAUAGUUUCAAUAAUAUAUUAUUUUAUUUGUUUAUAGCCGAAAGUGUACAUAUUGUAAUGAUAAGGUAUUUAAAAAAGGUUAAAAUAAAAAAAUCAUUUUAA